AUGGCUUUGAAUAACUUGGCCUCAAUGACUGUGGUCGCGGUGUUUCUAUUCAUUCUCUACAAAUUUGUUUACCAAUUCUUCUUAUCACCGCUCGCCAAAAUACCAGCGCCUCACUGGAGUUGUCACGUAGCGCCUUUCUGGUAUUGGUGGGCGCAGCUUUCACACAAUGAGAACCGACGCGUCUACGAUGCCCACAUGCAAAAGGGGAAGGCCUUGCGGCUUUCUCCAGGAACAUUGAGUCUAAAUUGCUUUGAUGGUGGCCUCAAAAGCAUCUAUCUUGGUGGGUUCCCGAAAACAGAGUACUAUUUCAGAGGUUUUGCAAACUACAACACCCACAACAUUUUCACAUUUGAGGACAAUGCUACCCACUCAGCCCGCAAGAGAAUCAUCUCGGGAACCUUCUCAAAGUCCUUCAUCCUUGCAGACCCAUCAAGCAGGGCCUCUAUGAAGAAGGUUCUAUACGGCAGGCUGUUGCCAAUGAUCGACCGUGCUGCUCAUGGAGGGGAUGCCCUGGAGGUUUUGGAGCUCCUAUACUCCUACUCUAUGGACUCCUUUGUGGCAUGGCAAUUCGGUGGCUCUCUCAGCAGCAACCUCAUCGAAGAUGAACAAGAGCGGCGUCUUUACCUCGACGGAUUCUUCGCCGCAGCUCCCUACACUUUUUGGCAAUAUCGGUUUCCGCUGCUCAACUCUCUGUUCAAGGCGGUCGGGCUGAUUCCUAAAAAGGUCGACAGCGGAUUCAAUGAUAUUCUCCGCUGGAACCUCGAGAAGUGCGACAAGGCACAAGAACUUCUGGCCCAAGGCGAGCAAAAGCUGUCCCCUGAGAACAAGCCCGUUGUUAUGGCUCUGGCUCUUCAGGCCAUGAGUGAUCCGGAGGCAAGACCUGGCAAGUAUCCGCAGCGUCUCGAAAUUGCCAGCGACAUGUUUGCUCACAAUUCAGCUGCACAUGAGACCAGUGGAAAUACUCUGGCCUACUGCAUGUACGAACUUUCGAAGAAUCCGGAGAUUCAAUCCAAGCUGCGUGAGGAGCUCUUGACCCUCGAUACUCCUCUGAUCUACCCGCCGGAGGACGGACUCGAUAACCUGAUCCUCCCAACGGCCAAGAGCAUCGACAAUUUGCCGUACCUUGAGGCCGUGAUUAUGGAGACCCUGCGACUGUAUCCCUCAGUUCCGGGCGGUCAGCCUCGAAGAGUGUCCAAGUCUUGUACGCUUGGCGGUCACAAUGACAUUCCACCUGGCACUACGGUUCAGUGUUAUGCCUGGUCACUCCACCGCACCCCCGAGGUAUUCCCCGAGCCAGAUGUCUGGAAGCCAGAGAGGUGGAUUGAAUCGUCACCGGAACAGCUCAGUACUAUGCGCCGAUGGUUCUGGGCCUUCGGUAGCGGCGGUCGCAUGUGCAUUGGUAGCAAUUUUGCCUGGUUUUCCAUGAAGAACGUUAUUGGUACCGUUUAUACCAACUACACGACCACCAUUCACCAUGCCGGCGACAUGACGCUGCAAGAUGCUUAUCUUGCAGGUCCCACUGGACACCAUUUGGAGCUCAUGUUCCACGCAAUAAAGCGAUAG